GAGGCAAAGGAUCUUCUACAGAAUCUGGAGAAGCUUCAGCUUCAGCAGAAUGAGGUGAUCACCCCGCCUCCUCCUGCAGAUGAUGAUGUGGAGGAGACCACAGAGCCUCCAAGCAAGAAGCCGAGGAUUCGAAAGAAACGAUCUAAGGCAGUGCUUGGGGCUGAGGAUGUAGGAAAGGAGAAAGCUACUCCCGAGAAGCAGCGACCCAAGGCCAAGCCCAGCAGCAGGAGCCCUCCGCUUAGUGGUGGGGCUACUUCGUCGGGAAAUAACCGAGUGGUGGAUGCUGGGGAAGAUGCUCAGCCUACUUUCCCUUCCGACUCGCUGCCGACAGCUUUCCAGUCGACCCAGAAGGUGUUCACCCCGACUAGGAAGUCCCUGCUAUGCAGCUUCGACAAUGCUGAGGAUCCGCCUCCUGAGCAGGUCCAUGUCUUGAGCCUUGAUCCAGCACCUGAGUUCGCAUCGGAGACCGACGACGAGCUGCUCAAGUAUGCUUUGCAUCUCAACAUGGUCGAGGUUACCAAGCCCGAGCCCGACGACUCCGACAAGGAGACCGAAUCUGAUCAAUCUGAUGUGGCCGCGAAACUCGCCCAGCUGUCCAAGGCCGAAGAAUCCAAGCUCGAAGCCAUCCUCCGGCGAGAGCUGAGGAAGGUGCUCCUACAGUGCAAUGGCCAGAAGGAAGGCUUCCUGGAGAAGGUGAACCACACCUAUCGGCAAAACCGAAGCAAGGAGUUCAAGGUUCGAUCCGGCUUUUAUACAGAUCAGAUGAUGGCAGAUGAAUUGAAAUUCACGAAGGACAAGUACCAGAAGAAGCUGAUAUGGUAUUGGUGCGACGUUGCCUACGAGGGUACUAAGGCUAACAGGGACGAGGAAGAGCUCCUACGGGACACUACGAUAUCCGAUGGUGCCCGGGUCCGUGACGUGGCUCUCGGUUUGGGUGCAAGCCUCCCAGACCUCGACUCCCAGGAUGAAGCUGAUAAUGAUGCCGAUGAUGAUGAAGAUGAAGAUGAAGAUGAAGAAGACGAUGAGGAAGCCGAUGAGCCCAAAGCCAAGCUCGGCAAAAGAAAGAGCAAAGACAAUUUGCCUGAUGAUGUGGAGGAGGACAUGGACGGGGUGCCCGGCCUGCUGAAUGAGAUGCUGAGCCUUCAAAGCCGAUGCAACAAGCUCCUGGAUCGGGAUGUCGAGUCUUUCAAGAAGCUGAUCGUCGAGCUUGGCUCGAAGCACGACGAGCUGGCCGACAUGAAGUCUGCCUACGACUGCGAAGAGCCGGUCGAUGCUGCGACCCUCGCCUGCAUAAGCCCUGCUGAUUAG